AUGGAAGUUUUCCCUUGGUUCUUGGUUUUGUCCGUCUGGUGGACUCGAACCUGGGACUCCGCGACUGCGGAUUCGAUCAUCCACAUCGGAGCAAUUUUUGACGAAUCUGCUAAAAAGGACGAUGAGGUGUUUCGCACAGCGGUUGGCGACCUCAAUCAGAAUGAGGAAAUCUUACAGACUGAAAAAAUCACAUUUUCGGUGACAUUUGUUGAUGGCAACAACCCCUUCCAGGCCGUUCAAGAAGCCUGUGAACUUAUGAACCAAGGCAUCUUGGCCCUAGUCAGCUCCAUUGGCUGCACAUCCGCGGGGUCCCUCCAGUCUCUAGCCGAUGCCAUGCACAUCCCUCACCUCUUCAUCCAGCGAUCCACAGCGGGGACCCCCAGAAGUGGCUGUGGACUUACCCGCAGCAACAGGAAUGACGAUUACACCCUCUCUGUGCGUCCACCUGUGUAUCUGAAUGACGUUAUCCUGAGAGUGGUCACGGAGUAUGCCUGGCAGAAAUUCAUCAUCUUCUAUGACAGUGAAUAUGAUAUCCGUGGAAUACAGGAGUUUUUGGACAAAGUAUCUCAGCAGGGAAUGGAUGUUGCACUUCAAAAGGUAGAAAACAACAUCAAUAAGAUGAUCACCACUCUCUUUGAUACCAUGAGGAUAGAGGAGCUGAAUCGCUAUCGAGACACUCUUAGACGAGCCAUCCUUGUUAUGAAUCCUGCCACAGCCAAAUCCUUCAUUAGCGAGGUUGUGGAGACUAAUUUGGUUGCUUUCGACUGUCACUGGAUCAUUAUAAAUGAGGAAAUAAACGAUGCGGAUGUACAGGAACUUGUAAGAAGGUCUAUUGGAAGGCUAACGAUUAUUCGACAGACUUUUCCCAUCCCCCAGAAUUUAAGCCAGCGCUGUUUCCGUGGGAACCAUCGGAUAUCUUCAACACUCUGCGAUCCAAAGGAUCCUUUUGCUCAGAAUAUGGAGAUUUCAAACCUGUACAUUUAUGACACGGUGCUACUGCUUGCUAAUGCUUUUCAUAAGAAGCUAGAGGACCGGAAGUGGCACAGCAUGGCGAGUCUGUCGUGCAUCAGGAAGAAUUCGAAACCCUGGCAGGGAGGGCGGUCCAUGCUAGAAACCAUCAAGAAGGGUGGGGUCAAUGGCUUGACUGGAGAGCUAGAAUUUGCAGAAAAUGGAGGCAAUCCCAAUGUUCACUUUGAAAUUCUUGGAACCAACUACGGAGAAGAGCUUGGCAGAGGGGUUCGCAAACUUGGGUGCUGGAAUCCUGUCACAGGGCUGAACGGGUCACUGACGGACAAGAAACUGGAGAACAAUAUGCGUGGCGUGGUUCUACGUGUGGUCACUGUUCUGGAAGAGCCCUUUGUGAUGGUCUCUGAAAAUGUCUUGGGUAAGCCGAAGAAAUACCAAGGUUUCUCCAUUGACGUUUUGGAUGCCUUAUCAAACUACCUGGGUUUUAACUAUGAAAUUUAUGUUGCUCCGGACCACAAAUAUGGAAGCCCUCAAGAGGAUGGGACAUGGAAUGGACUCGUAGGAGAGCUAGUUUUUAAGAGAGCUGACAUAGGGAUUUCUGCCUUAACCAUCACUCCAGAUCGAGAGAAUGUGGUGGACUUUACAACACGCUACAUGGACUACUCGGUGGGCGUCCUCCUUCGAAGGGCUGAAAAGACGGUGGAUAUGUUUGCCUGCCUUGCACCGUUUGACCUGUCUCUAUGGGCCUGCAUUGCUGGCACCGUCCUUCUAGUGGGUCUUCUGGUCUACCUCUUGAACUGGCUUAAUCCACCACGAUUACAAAUGGGAUCAAUGACGUCCACUACACUCUACAACUCCAUGUGGUUUGUGUAUGGAUCCUUUGUACAGCAAGGUGGGGAAGUCCCGUAUACCACCCUGGCCACCCGGAUGAUGAUGGGGGCAUGGUGGCUCUUUGCUUUGAUUGUCAUCUCAUCCUACACAGCAAACCUGGCCGCUUUCCUCACCAUCACCCGCAUCGAAAGCUCCAUCCAGUCUCUGCAGGACCUGUCCAAGCAGACAGACAUUCCUUACGGCACAGUGCUGGAUUCUGCGGUCUAUGAGCAUGUCCGCAUGAAGGGGCUGAAUCCUUUCGAGAGAGACAGCAUGUAUUCCCAAAUGUGGCGCAUGAUCAACAGAAGCAAUGGAUCAGAGAACAAUGUCCUGGAGUCACAAGCAGGUGUUCAAAAGGUAAAACAUGGAAAUUAUGCUUUUGUAUGGGAUGCAGCUGUGUUGGAAUAUGUGGCUAUCAAUGAUCCAGAUUGCUCCUUUUACACCAUCGGGAAUACUGUCGCCGACCGGGGUUACGGAAUCGCACUGCAGCACGGCAGCCCGUACCGAGAUGUCUUUUCACAAAGGAUCCUGGAGCUCCAGCAAAGUGGUGACAUGGAUAUUUUGAAGCACAAAUGGUGGCCUAAGAAUGGCCAGUGUGACCUGUAUUCCUCCGUGGACACGAAGCAGAAGGGAGGCGCCCUGGACAUCAAGAGUUUCGCUGGGGUUUUCUGUAUCCUGGCUGCUGGAAUCGUCCUCUCCUGCUUCAUAGCCAUGCUGGAGACAUGGUGGAACAAAAGGAAAGGCUCGCGAGUCCCAUCCAAAGAGGAUGACAAGGAAAUUGACCUGGAGCACCUCCAUAGACGUGUAAAUAGCUUGUGCACAGAUGACGACAGUCCCCAUAAACAGUUUUCCACGUCGUCCAUUGACUUGACCCCUCUGGACAUUGACACUUUGCCAACACGCCAAGCACUGGAGCAAAUCAGUGAUUUCAGGAACACUCACAUCACCACCACCACCUUCAUCCCUGAGCACAUCCAGACUCUUAGCCGUACACUGUCCGCUAAAGCCGCCUCCGGCUUCGCUUUUGGCAACGUCCCUGAGCACCGAACCGGCCCUUUUAGGCACAGGGCACCGAACGGGGGCUUUUUCAGGAGUCCUAUCAAAACCAUGUCAUCUAUCCCUUACCAGCCGACCCCCACGCUGGGGCUCAAUCUGGGUAAUGACCCGGACCGAGGCACCUCCAUCUGA